CUGAUCAGGAAAUUAGGGCGACGCACGUCUGGGUGAUGUAUCCAGGUGGGAUAGUUACACCGGUUCAGCCUGGGCAGUUUAAAUAAAUAAUAUAAGAAAAGUAAAUCUGCGUUCGAGGAACUUUGUCGCCUGGAGAAACGCAGAAGACUGUCAGCGUUUAUGGUUCGUAUUUGCGUGUGAAACCGAAGACAUGUUCCCUUCCAAGACGCCCGUCCUUUCGCCCAAGACCAAAUACCGCCUCUACAGCAACCACGAGAAGAAAGUGGGCGGGGGGCUGGCUGGCGAUGUGUACCUCACCAAAUUCGAAGGCGCGGAAGUCGUCAUCAAGGAGUUCAAGAACCACGCCGCCUUCGCCAGCCACGAGGCCGAGCAGGAGGCGCUGGAGGCACUCGAAGGCGUCGACGGAGUGCCCAAGAUCCUCGGCGUGAGCUACGACCAGCCUCUGAUCCUGAUGAUGACCUUCUGCGGGGAGAAGACCCUGAAGGAUGUGAUCGGUGGCCCGAAGCUCCCCGACGUCGUCUACCUCUCCCUCCUGCGGUCCCUGGCGACGACCCUCUCGGAUAUCCACGCCCAGAACUACGUCCACAACGACCUGAAGCCGGACAACAUCCUCGUCGACCGAGACCCGCCCGACGAAGGAGCCCGCGCCUGCAUCAUCGACUUCGGCCUCGCGCGACCGGCGGGCGAGAUCCUCAUCACGAACGCCAUCCGCUUCGGCUUCCACAGGUGCUUCUCCUGGAUGCCGCCCGAGAACUUCCAUCUGCGGCCGUGCACAGCUGCCGGCGACCUGUGGUCCCUCGGCUACGUCGUCGGGGAAGUGCUCGCGAAGGUCCAGUGGGAUAAAUACCCGAAAUGCUUGGACGCGGUCGUGGCCCAGUGCAUGGAGGUGGACCCCGGCCGACGCAUGGCCAUCGCUGAGGUCAUUGGUCGCAUCGACGACGCUCUUGGCACUAUGUAUGUAGAUUAAGAUUCCGUUUUUAUUUUCUUCAUUAAGGCUGAUCCGGAAAAGGCUUAUGUUUCACAUUUCUUUCCAUUUUUUUUCUGUUUCGUGUUAAAAAUAUAAGUUUUGUUGCACAAAUUUUGCAUCGAUUGUAGUUUAUUUACCUCGAUAUCUGAAGGCUUUCAUCUUAU